AUGGCGCUCACCAGACGAAUACUAACCAGAAUGGCCCCGCGCAGCUCGCCUCCCGCCUCUCCAGGCUCACAAGGCUCAGCUUCCAUGGACGAUUCCGACUCCGACUCCGACGCGGCCCCGACCCAAGCUCGCGGUGGAGAUGACGAUGCCAUCCAGUACCCCGUUGAGGGUCUGUUCAAGAGUCAAGAGGAGAAGGCCCGCAUCAUGGGCAUGCGUGAGAUCGAGAGAGAACAGAUUCUUGCUGAACGAAGAGAGGAGAAUGAGCGAAUUCGACAGAAUAGGAUGCUGCGACAGCUCAAGGUCAACCAGGAGAAGGACAGCAAGAAGCGCAAGGCGAGCGCCGCCGACCUCGAAGAUGAGCUGCGGAAGCCAUCCCGUGCCCGCACCAAGGCUGGCGAGAUUAGCGAGAAGAUGGAUACGUUGCGUCGUGCUCGCGAGGAACGCACCAGCCGCAGAGAGCAGAGAGAGCGGGACAUGGAUCGCCGCAAGCAACGCUCUCCUUCCUACAGAGACCGAAGCCGCAGCCACGACGACCGUGAUAGCGACGCGGGCGACUGGCGCAGAAGCUCUCGACAAAAGUCUAGAACGCCCGAGAAGGAGAUCCUGCCGGCUGAUCUUCGCGAUGUUGAGCGUGUCCGUGUUGGCCGCAGCCGCUUCGCCGAGGUUUGUUUUUACCCUGGCUUCGAGCGGGCCAUCACAGGGUGCUUUGUGCGCAUCAAUAUUGGUCCUGAUCAGACUACUCGCCAAGAUGUCUACCGUAUGGCUAUCAUUAAGGGGUUCAACACCGGUAGACCUUAUGCGAUGCCUGACAGCUCUGGGCAUCAGAUGGUCGUCGAUUUGUAUGUUAAGGUUGCCCAUGGAGAUGCUGUAAGAGAGUGGCCAUUCAUCAGCUGCUCAGACCGAAACUUCACCGAGAGCGAGUGGAAUCGCUACAAGCAAGUUUGCCUGCAGGCGGGCAUCUCCGUACCCACUAAGACCCAGCUGGUCAACAAGAUUAGCGACAUUAACGGCCUCGUCCGUCACAAGUGGACUGAGCAGGAGAUUGCCGAGAAGCUCAAGCGUCAAAACAGCCUCAUGCAGAAGUUCAGCAGCACUGAGCGUGACAACCUCACCCGCCAGCUCGAGGCCGCCCGUGCUCGCGGUGAUGAAGACGCUGUUGACAGCCUCCAGAAGAAGCUCGAGGACCUCAGCACGCCGAAGCUAGCAUUUAGAACGUCGCUCACUUCCGCUGACAAGAAGAGGCCCGAGGGCAAGGGUUUGACCCAGCAGGAGAAGCUUGCUCUUUUGAACGCCGAGAACCGUCGCCGCAAUGCCGAGGAGGUGCGCAAGGCCCAGAUCAAGGAGAGAUCCCGUACCAUCAUCCCCAAGAAGAACGUCGCCGCGGCGGAUAAGGCUAGCCAGGAGGGCGAUUCUCAAAAGGAGAGCGGCAGCAACACACCUGCUGCCAAUGGUAACAGCAACGGGGGUCUCUUGCCUCACAUUGCCAAGUUGCAGGAGCAGCAGCGGGCUACGGCCAAGAACGGGUUGCCGCUGGUGCAUGCGCCGUUGAUGGAUGAUGAUAUCAUUGGGGCGCUGGAUCUCGGUAUCGAUAUUGAGAUUGACUAA